AUGGCUGAGAUUCAAGGCCACUACGAGCCGGCGUUCGAAAAGCUCGUCGACUUCUUUCGAGACAAGUUCUCGAAGGACGAGGAGGUUGGUGCCGCCAUAAACAUCAAUGUCAACGGCAAAGACGUUGUCGACAUCUGGGCAGGAUACACGGGCGAGGACAAAACAACGCCCUGGAGUUCAGACACAAUCGUCAAUGUUUAUUCAUCGACCAAGACCAUUGCCGCGAUUGCCGUCCUCUUGGCUCAAGAGCGUGGCCUGCUAAGUGUUGAUGACUCUGUCGCCAAACACUGGCCCGAAUUCGCUCAGAAUGGGAAGGAAAAAGUCCUGAUUCGACAUGUUAUGUCCCACAACUCAGGACUUUCGGGUUGGCAAGAUCCAAUCACUGUCGAGCAGGUUUGUGAUGUGCCUUACUCUACCGCUAAGCUCGCGGAACAAGCACCAUGGUGGGAGCCAGGCAGCGGCAGUGGCUACCACGCUACUACCCAAGGCCAUCUUCUCGGAGAGAUUGUUAAGAGAGCGAGUGGCAUACCCAUGAAGCAAUUCAUCGCUGAGGAACUCUCCAAGCCUUUGAAAGCAGACUUUCAGAUCGGGGCGAAGGAGGAGGACUGGCCUCGAAUUGCUCCAGUCAUUCCGCCGCCACCUCGGACACUCGAUGAGAGCCAGCUCGACAAGAAUGGCAUUAUGUUCAAAAGCUUCUUCAACCCACGGACAGACGCAAACUUUUCAAGAAUGCCCGCGUGGCGAAAUGCAGACAUGUCUGCUGUCAAUGGACAUGCUACAGCCAAGGGUCUCAACCGGAUCCUUCGUGCGGUGACACUAUCUGGCACUUCACAUGACGACACGAAGCUCUUGUCGCCGAAGACUGUUGAGGAGAUCUUCCGCAUACAGUCAGAGACAACCGAUCACUGCAUAGGCAUACCCGUGCGAUUUGGUAUUGGCUUCGCUCUUGGCGGCGGACCGUCAGCUCAAGUGUUUGACUAUCUGCCACAAGAGAAGAUGUGCUUCUGGACAGGGUGGGGCGGCAGUUUCGCCAUCUGUGACUUGCAUCGUGGCGUGACGUUCACCUAUGUUAUGAACAAGAUGGGGAGUGGCAUCAUUGGCAACGACAGAUCGAUAGAGUAUGCUAGGAUGGCGUGGCAGAUUCUCAAGCAAGGCGAAGCAACGGAACUUCGUGAAUGCCUGACCAUCUUGGCUUAUCCAGCUGGGUAG